UCGGUUGUACAUUUAAGAGGUCAUUGGCCAGGUAAGUGAAUUACUAUCCUGCGCUCCUUAGCCACACAUAGACAAGUGUUACUGGUCACCGCAUAGAGGUAGUUAUGCAAUAAGGUUGAACCACAGGCUAUUGUUACCAUCUCACGCGUGGAUACCCUAUAUGCGCACUUUAGGAGUGCUUCGAAUAGCCGAUUGCAUAGUCAAUUUUAUUAUUGCUAUGUACACAAUACGUGUAGUGUAGGAGAUUCCAACGAAACUCUUUCAUCGGACUGCUGCUCACAUAUGGCUUCGCAUUGUGAAGAAACGAUUUCUGCAUACCUUUUCCAGUACAACAGUAAACGAUAAAAGGACAAAAAUAUUGGAUAGAACGAUCGCAGCCAUCAGGGUCUUAUUACAACAAAGCCAUCUCCAAGCAACCAGAUAACUUAUAACGGUCUCUGCGGCAAGGUGCACGGAAUGAAAAUUAUUGCUAUUGAGUUGUUAUGGCAACCCCAUUUGGUGAUCGGUCCGCAAACUGGCGCGCAGUUUAACGCACCUUCUUUCUCGAUAAAUAGGGGCUGGCAGUCACUUUAAGGUCAGUCGAUUUCCUGUAGGCUUAUACCGCGUUUUGCAUCAGGACUUCGCCAUUUUAGCAAUAACUCCAACAGCAAUGAUUCACCCGAAACCAAGCAUUCCGGUAUAUCAAGAUGUUAUGUUCUUGUUUCGAUUUAUUUCGUUUACAGGGGCUUCGACUUUCGUUCCUUAUGGGGAAGGAAUCCGAAACCCUCGAAUAUCUACAGUGUUGCUCAGGAUACUUCAACAGGUUACUUGUCUGGCUAUUUUCUUGCUGCUCUUAGGCAUGUCCGUUUUUGAAAUCAUUCAAUUCGUUACUGUAAUCGUGAAAAUGAAAAAUAUCGGCGAAGUCAUUCCAAAUAUAAUAUGGAUAACCUCCUUUCCCCUUGCUAUGGGCGCCCAAGUUUUUUACACCUUCCAGAGGCCCAAGCUUUUAAGAUUCUUUGAGAACUGGCAAGAUAUUCAUACAUUGUAUCCGGAAAGCCAAGAUAACUGCACUGAAAGACAGACUCGCUCAAGGAUGUACCUCAUCUACUUGUUAACAGUCUGCACAUCGAUUGCAACGGUGAUGGUACUCAUCUUGGAUUUUCCUAUUCUGCCGUUUCUACCGUCAACAUACGAGCCCUUAGCAGCCAUCCCCUUGCACACGAACAGCUUGUAUCUCACCUGCUCUCUGUUUGGUGUUACUCUUUUCUACGCCUGGAACCUUUCUGCUGCGUCAGAUCUUGUUCCGUCAAUGAUUUACUUCCAUCUUGCUCUGGCUUUGGAGAAGACAAGCAAAUUUCUCAAAGAACCACCAAAUUCCAUUGAAGCUCAGACGUUAGAACACAAUUGCAAGAAUCUAGAAGUAACCGAAACCAACUUUAAUACUCGUACUGUCGGCAAGAUAUCUCAUGAAGGAAAUCAGCAAAUUUGGCAGAAAUCGUGGCUCUAUUACGAAGCUAUACGCAAACUGAUUAAUGAAAGCAACUCCCGAUUUGGGUCGAUGCUCCUUCUCAAUCAUGGAGCCAUGUUCUUCGUAGCAAGUUCCAACGUUUUUAGCAUCCUGCGAUGGUAUCGAGGAAUGUCAUGGCUUUUGCUUCUCGUCAAUGGAAUGAACGCUGCUGCAACAAUUCUUCGCUUUAUCACCACGAUUCUCCUAUGCAGUCGAUUGUAUACUGCUGGCGAACAUCUUCAGUCCAACAUUUGCCGUUUUCUAGCCCAAACAUGGUUCCGUUUAAAACCAGACGAGAGGCAGUUUUUCACGGCUUUUUUGGUGCGUGUACAGGAUGAUGGAAUUGUAGCCUCUCCCCUUGGAUUGUACCCCAUCCGGCCGUCAAUGCUUUUAGCUUUGCUGUCUUUAAUGGUAACUUAUCUCAUCGUCUUACUACAGUCUUCUGAAAUCUCCACGUUCUCGGAAUAUGGAAAUUUCACGGGGCUAAUUACGGGUACCCGUUUUUAUACUCCGCUUCUCGGUUAAACGUAAAAGGAACUGAAAGAUUUCCUUGAUUCUGUGGUUUUUAGAUAACUAUUUUGCUUGAAGUCGUUGUGAGCAACGCAUUAUUGAAUUUGUCUGGGAAAAUUAUUGGGUUAUUGUCUAUAUCGAUUAACUCGUCAUAAAAACUGAAACUUCAGAUCGUUACGCUUAACCCAAGGCUAUUUCGUUUGUAAAAAGUUUGUACUCAUAAGAUAAUACUUGAAUCAGAUUGAAGCCUUAUGACAGGUUUCACCCGGUAUUUUGAGACAAAUGGAGCCACAAAUGAUAUUAUAUCCUUGUUUUAGCAUUUUCUGAGGCCACGCAUAGCAGUCUAGUCUUAAAUGGGUACAUUAGAAAUUGUUGUUUACGUAGGCUAAAAUAUAUAUUCUUUUUAUUCGCUCUAAAACUUAUAUCCCAAAGAGUUCUAGUCUUCUUUUGAAUGAAUGAGUAGAAAUUACCAUGGUCGUAUAAAUGAUGUGAUCAAUCAACUAAAGCUGUAUGCCACAAAGCAAUAAUCGAUAGCACUUAUAGGAAUAAAUAGGGGCGCUGUCAAAAUUGCACGAAAUC